GUAAGUGUGUAUAAGUCAGGGAAAAUGGCAGAAGCGAGGAUCUCAUCAGAUCAGGAACCGUUCAAAUGUCCAGUGUGUUUGAACCUUCUAAAGGAUCCAGUGACUCUUCAUUGUGGCCACAAUUACUGUAAGGCAUGUAUUAAUCGCUUCUGGGAUCAUCAGGAUGUGAGGAGGGUCUACAGCUGCCCCCAGUGUAGAGAGACCUUCACUCCAAGGCCUGUUCUAUGCCGGAACAACGUGCUGGCUGAAAUGGUGGAGAAACAAAAUAAGGCUAAACUUCAAACAGCUUCUCUUGCUGGACCUGGAGAUGUGGAGUGUGAUUCCUGCAUCGGGAGAAAACGCAAAGCCGUUAAUUCCUGUCUGGUGUGUAAGACCUCCUACUGUGAAGAUCAUGUUAAACCUCACUAUCAGUCUCCUGCCUUUAAGAAGCACAAGUUAGUGGAAGCCUGUGCAGAUCUCCAAGAGAAGAUCUGCUCUCAGCAUGACAAACCGAUCGAGAUCUACUGUCGUACUGACCAAAGGUUCAUCUGUUACUUGUGUAUGAUGGAUGACCAUAAAGGCCAUGACACUGUUUCAGCUAAAACAGAAAGAAAUAAAAAACAGAAUGAGCUAAAGGAGGAGCAGAUGAAAUCCCAGCAGAGAAUCCAGGAGAAGCAGAAGGAGGCGAAGGAGCUGAACAAGGCUGUAGACAUUAUUAAGAUGCGUUCACAGGCAGCAGUAGAUGAGAAUGAGAAGAUCUUUACUGAGCUGAUCAGCUUCAUGGAAAAAAAGCGCUCGGAGGUGACGGAGCUGAUCAGAGCUCAGGAGAAAGCUGAACUGAGUCGAGCUGAACGACUCCUGAAGCAACUGGAGCAGGAGAUUGCUGAUCUUAAGAGGAGAGUCACUGAGCUGGAGCAGCUUUCACACACACACGAUCACAUCCACUUCCUCCAGAGUUUCCCGUCUCUCUGUGUUUCUCCUGGAUGUGAGGACUCACUGUACACUGUUAAUCUACAUCACACAUUUGAUGGAAUAAGGGAAUCUUUCUUACAGAUGAAAGUGCAAGUUGAGCAAAUCCGUCCUCAAGCUGCAGCGUUAUUUCAGAUACUACCUUCACAACUGACAAGCAGACAGAAUUUUCUUCAAUAUUUUAGAUUUCUGACUCUGGAUCCCAACACAGCACAUCCUGACCUUCUUCUGUCUGAGAAGAACAGAUCAGUAACAUAUGGUGAGACACAACAGUACUCUGAUCAUCCAGAGAGAUUUGACUUUUGGCCUCAGGUGUUGUGUAAGGAGAGUGUGUGUGGACACUGUUACUGGGAGGUGGAGUGGAGCGGUACUGUGUACAUAUCAGUCUCAUAUAAAGAGAUCAGCAGGAAAGGAGGGGUUGAUGAGUGUUGGUUUGGAUGCAACAGUCAGUCCUGGAGUCUGGUGUGUUCUCCUGCCUAUGUCACUUUCAGCCACAACAAUGUUAACAUACAGAUCAGAGGUCCAGCCUCCUCCAGAAUAGGAGUGUAUGUGGAUCACGGUGCAGGAACUUUGUCCUUCUACAGCAUCUCUGACACGAUAAGUCUACUCCACACAGUCCACACCACAUUCACUCAGCCUCUGUACGCUGGGUUCUGGGUAUUCGGAAAUAACUCAACUGUGAGGUUAUGUGACUCAAAUUAAAUAUAAGUAUAAGGGUUUACAAAAUUUAGAACUGCGGUGUCAGAUUAAUUUUUUUACUGAGCUGUGUGUACUGUAACACUGUUAUUACUAAUUUCUAACCAAUUUUCUAUAGAUAAGAUAAAUUACAUAAAUAAUCUUUUAAUGUAGGAUGCUUCUAAAAAUAUUUGUUAUCAAACAUUAUGAAACAUUUAACUGUUACAAAUGUUUGGGAAACACUGUUUAAUUUGAAACAAUAAAGUUUACUUAAACUGCUGCUGGUGGAAACACAAAAGCAUUAUCUGGCAAUAUGACAGAACACAUGCAUGAUGUUUACAAGUUUAACUACUUUUAGAACUUGUUUCCAAUAACACUUAAAAUUGAGCGAAUGGUCACUGACCAACUUCAAACUGUUUCUGCAGCUUGUGAUAUCUCAAGUUAUAACUGUGGUAAAUUACAUUCAUGUGACAUGAUUUUGGAAAAUCUCCUCAUCGCUUUCUAUUAAAAAGCCCCACAGUUGAUGGUAUGUCCAUCCAUCCAUCUAUCAUCAUCAUCAUCAUCAUCAUUUGUUCCUUUCAUGAAAAUGCAUUAUUUGUACAAGACACAUACAACUCAUUUAAGUUUUCCUUUACAUAUCCAUAAUCAGAAAGGAGCAGAUGGAGGAAUCAUUUUCUUAUAUUUAUCUGCCACCUUUAUUAACAUAAACAGUAGAUGGCAUUAGCAUUUGUUCCCUCCACCAUCAUCCAACAUUUAUUAACAUAAUCAAUAAAUGACAUUAACAUUAUUUCCUCCACCAUCACCAAAACUCCAACAUAUCUAUUAUUUAUUUAAACAUUUUAUAUUGGUCACAUACAAAUUGAAUCAAACUUCAGUUUGAUAUAAUUCAAGUUGUUUCUUUUUAUAACCCCUUUUAAAUACCAACAUUUUUUUUGCAACUUUUUAAAUCUUUCAUCAGAGAAUUCCAUGCUUUUACUCCAGCAACAGACAAACACAUUUGUUUCAGGUUUGUUUGGACCAUUGGAUAUUUAAAGUCAUAUGGCCGUCUGUGAUUUCCAUCUUCAGAAGUAAAAACAAAUAACUUUUGUAAGUCAUGUGGAAGAGCUUUACUUCUAGCUUUGAACAUUACUAAUAAAGUUUGUAAUUCUACAAUGUCUUUGAAUUUUAAUAAUCCUGACCUAAUAAAGAGCGGAUUUGUAUGGUCCCUAUAUCCUGCUUUGAAAAUAAUUCGAAUGGCUCUUUUC